UUUCUCGAGUAGAAUUAAACCCCCAGCGCCUAAGCAUUUUCCUUUCACCAAAUUAGUUCUCACCUGUUGAUUUUUCAGAACAUUAUUUACUCGUUUGACACCUACUAUGCUAAUCGACUUACAAUCCUUUUUGGAUCUUGGCUUUAUCCUUUUUACUCCAACUUGCCCGAAUGGAUGUUUCGCAUAUCGUUUUUUAUAACCUACUAUACGAUGAUGUCUGAUUUUUUGGCAACAAUUAUUAUUCUUAUAAAUCGUUGGACAGCUGUAGAAAUGGCAUUGAAAUAUGAUAGGCUUUGGAAGAAAUUAUUACUUCCAUCAGCCAUAAUAAUUUAUGGGAUUCCCACCUUAUUGUAUGCACAAGUACUCACAAUUAAAAGCUAUUUAAAAAAUGACACAAGUGAUCCAACUAAAUUUGCUUUUUAUCUUGCACAAGGAUUUAAUGUAAGUUGAUCAGAGAUGUCACGGGUUGAGAAAAAGCGAGUUGAGUUUUGGGUCUCGGAUUUGAUCAGUUAUGUGGAUUAAAAGAGAAAAAAGUAGGGUCGAGUUUUGGAAAAUUUUUGGGAUUGAGAUUCAGGUCGAAUGAAGCCGUGUUUCGGGUACCCGUGACAUUCCUGCUCCCGAAGGGUAGAAAAAAUGAAUCCUCCCAAAAAAUUUUAUU